AUGUACGUCGGUGCUCUGGCUGCUACGCUGCGCGAUCUAGAUGCCCUGUCGCAAAAAGCAUCGAGUUCGGUUCAGUAUUCGAAGAAGAAUAUGACUGGCUCGGAUUUGACGCUGCACAAACUGUCCAUCACUGACACUGGUGUGCGGCCCACGCCUGACUCGACGGUGCUGGCACCGGCGCCUGCGCGCAGCAGCCUUAUGGCGACACUCAACAAAAUUGGCGAGUCGACGUACAAUUUCGUGCUCGGCGGUGUCGCGGGCUCCGUCGGUGCGACGCUCGUCUACCCGAUCGAUCUCGUUAAGACGCGCAUGCAGAACCAGCGUUCGAAUGUCGUCGGCGAGGCGCUCAUGUACAAAAACAGCCUCGACUGUGCGAAGAAGGUGAUGCAAAAUGAAGGCUUCUUUGGUUUCUACUCGGGUCUCGUGCCUCAGCUGCUUGGUGUGGCACCGGAGAAGGCGAUUAAACUCACGGUGAACGAUCUGGUCCGUUCCCUCACCAUGGAUAAGGAUGGCCGCGUGCCAGUUCCGGCCGAAAUUCUUGCGGGCUCUGUGGCUGGCGCCUCGCAGGUUGUGUUCACCAACCCCCUGGAAAUUGUCAAGAUCCGACUGCAGGUGCAGGGCGAGGUCUCCAGCGAUCCGUCGCAGGUGAGGAAGGGGGCCUUGACGAUCAUCCGCCGUCUGGGCCUGCUGGGUCUGUACAAGGGUGCAGGCGCGUGCCUCCUACGUGACAUCCCGUUCAGUGCCAUCUACUUCCCCAUGUACGCGCAUCUUAAGAAGGACCUGUUUGGCGAGGCGCCCGGCGUCAAGCUCACCUUUGGCCAGCUCAUCUCGGCAGCAUCGAUCGCGGGUAUCCCGGCUGCCUUCCUUACGACGCCUGCGGAUGUGAUCAAAACGCGUCUCCAGGUCGAGGCGCGCAAAGGCCAGGCUACUUACAAGGGCAUCAUGGACUGCGCCUCGCAGAUCCUCCGCAAGGAGUCGCCGAGCGCCUUCUUCAAGGGCUCGCUGGCUCGUGUUUUACGCUCGAGUCCCCAAUUUGGUGCCACUCUGGUCACCUACGAAUAUCUCAAGGCGCUCAUUCCGUCGCCAUUCCCCGCGCAGCCGGUGCCUGAGAUUGUCUGCUCGGAAGAGCACCACGCCAUGCAGAGCGCGCUUCAGCUACUAACCACGGCCCACAAGCUUAGCCACUUGCCAUAG